GGUUGACACUUCCCCUUGGGCCUUGGACGUCUGGACCUUGGUCCAUCCGAAAGAUACAUUAUUUUUAAAUUUCAGUCGCAUCGUACGUAAAUUCCAGUGUCGGGGUGGAGCUGGUUAGCUGACAUGCAUACACGCGAUUUCAACGUUUGUCGCGAUUAGCAGCAGUCGUUCAUUUGGCAUUUGAUGUCAAAUAUAACAACAAUGACACUGCCUCCUGAAGCAUGUCAUCGAAUAGUCCAUUGGACGCGUCGAUGCGAUCUUACUGCGCUGUGCCUGACUAGCAAGUCGCUUCAGAAAUCUGCAGAGAUCAGGCUAUACGAGGUUAUCAUGUCCGGUGACAUCAAUGUCAUUUUUCGAGCGUGCGAGAGCAUCGUAUCGCAGGAGCGCCUGGGCCCAUACGUCCGCUCCUUCUAUCUCUAUCUGAAUGCAAGGCGCACUCAAACAGAGCUGCCCACUCGCUUCUGGAAUAUGGUACAGAAAGCACUUUGGAAAAUGCGUUGUCUGGACGUGCUUUACAUUGAUGAUCCAGCCCGUGCUAAUUCUUGGAUUUUGAAUGACAUCCCAAAAAUUCCGUUUCAGCUCCGAGAAGCAAACUUUCGCCUCCCGUGGAAUCGCCACGUCAUAAAGUUCCUGGAGAGCCAGAACAAGCUCAGGCAGUUCCAUAUUUCGGGUGGUAUAGAUGAAGAUGCUCCACAAUUUGAAGAUGGUAGCUUGCCUGACCUGUGCACCUUCGAUGGGCACCUCGCUUCAGCCAUGCACUUACUUUCUCUUCCUUGCUGCCUUCGCCAUCUUCGCAUACCUUUGGAUAGAAGCACUAACAAGCAACUUUUGGACUUUAUUCCCAAUCUCUCUACCCUCUCGCGAACUCUCCGUUCACUGAAUAUCAUUCAUAUUCCCGAGGAAUUGUCGGUGGAAGCGAUCAAGCUCAUUUCGUUUGUGUGCCCUGACCUUCAUUAUGUUGGAAUUAUCCCAUUACCAAUGACUUUUCCCCACCGCAGCAUGAUUCAUGACGCUCUUUUGGCUAUGCAUAACCUACGAGAUCUCGAAAUCGAUGUAUCGCGAUGGUCGCCUCUACCCAAUACAGGUUCACUGCAACGCAUGCUUGCAACUGAACUCCACACAUACUGCCCUUCUAUAGAGCACAUCGUUCUCCGCACAGGAAGCAACCGAACAUUGUGGUAUUUCGACGGAAAUGAGUGGAAUAUUCGUUCAGAAAACGGGCAGCAUCUGCUCGUCGAUGGAUUAUGGAAGAGUAGAUGAUGUACGGCAGCAUGCUUGCAGUUAAAAUCUACUUACGUGACGAAAUAAUGUAAUCACCAAGUGAGUUCAUCGCCUUGGUGGUGCUUACAUGCAUGUUUACAUGACCCAGCCACGCUGAUACACACCCAGCGGAUGUAUUAUAGAAAUGCCGAAAUACACGCUAUGCUUAUGUAUUCAACCUGAUUUGGGCGCCUGAAUUGAAUUGACUACGAGUACGCAUGAAACAACGUGGCCUAGGCCUA